CACAAGUUCACAGCUGGCCUGUGGUUCUUGCCUCUGUUAAGGAGCAGCUCCUCUACAGGUGGCAUUUCUCUGAAGUUGUUCACUGGGGUGCCUUCGUAUUCUUGCGAUAAUAUAGGUGAGGCUGGCCCCAGCUCAGGAGCUCGACAUGGCAGCAUGACAGCCCUGGAUAGCCCAGCUGCCAGUGGAAAGGUGUCCCAGGCUGUGGGAGUGAAUGCUCAAACCAGGCACUGCCUACUGAGCCUGCCUCUGAGCCAGUGACUGCCUGAGCCAGCAACUGCCUGAGCCUCCAGCCUCCUUCCCUGCAGGCUUUCUUAUUAUUAACCCCGCGGACUCCUGACUCUUUCUCUGCCUUGAACAUCAAUAUGUGUCAUGUCAUUGUCACCUGUCGCUCGAUGCUCUGGACCCUCCUGAGUAUUGUGGUGGCUUUUGCAGAGCUCAUUGCCUUCAUGAGCGCAGACUGGCUAAUUGGAAAAGUCAACCCUCGCAACAAUGCCGAGCCUGAUGACCACAAUAGGGGCCCCUUGGAGCACUACCAUCCCACCUUGGGCAUCUACGCCCGCUGCAUCCGGAAUCCUGGGGUACAACACUUCCAGCGGGAGACGCUAUGUGGGCCCUAUGCUGAGAGCUUCAGUGAAAUUGCCAGUGGCUUCUGGCAGGCCACAGCUAUUUUCUUAGCCACGGGAAUCUUCAUUCUCUGCACGGUGGCUCUGGUGUCCGUCUUCACUAUGUGUGUGCAAAGCAUCAUGAAGAAAAGUAUUUUCAACGUCUGUGGGCUGUUGCAAGGAAUUGCAGGUCUGUUCCUUAUCCUUGGCUUGAUACUCUACCCUGCUGGCUGGGGCUGCCAGAAGGCUGUAACCUACUGCGGACCCUAUGCAUCGGCCUACAAACCUGGAGACUGCUCCUUAGGCUGGGCCUUUUAUACUGCCAUCGGGGGUACUGUCCUCACCUUCAUCUGCGCUGUCUUCUCUGCACAAGCUGAAAUUGCAACCUCUAGUGACAAAGUACAGGAAGAAAUUGAAGAGGGGAAAAACCUUAUCUGUCUCCUUUAGUUUGGAAACAUUUCGCCUUCAGUUUCCUCACUUGAGUCAAAUGGAGAAAUAGCUUUUAUCCUUAGCAAGACCAGUGUGAGACAACUUCCAAUUAGGCAGAUACUGCACAUCAGGGCCACAGUGCAAAUCAUGAGAGAUGCAUGAAAAUAUAUAUAAACUGUGUAAACUGUGACUUCUAGUUGACAAGUUAUGUCAGCCCCCAUCUCUUCAGUGAAGAAUGAAGAUCCAAACCAUUUGCAGCAGUUCAUCUCCAAUAGCAAAAACAAUUAGCCAGAUCUGCAGGCUGUUUAAAGAUAGGUGUCUGCCACAAGGUUGCACACCUAUGAACAUCUCUGCCUCAGAAUGAGACUUGGGGGUUGGUGUUUUGUCAAGUUGUCUCAGACUACAAAAAACAACACAGAUUAUUUGUGGACAGAAGAUUGCCGCUUCACCAAAAGGGUCAGCAGGAAGGACACUGUGGAAUCUAUUGUGGAGUUUAUGCAAAGCUGAAGUCCAGGGUAAAGUGGAUCAACUGAACUGUCACAGUGAGUUUUGAAAAAGUAUAAAAUCCUGCUAGUGAAGACAAAGUCAUUCCACCAGAGUUCACAGUAAUGUUUUCCUCCUUGAGUUGGGAUUAUGCUCUGACUGCCUAACAAAACCUCACUGGGACAGAAGUCUCCAAGCCAACUAACUGUGUCACUCAUUCAGCUAUUCACUGAGAAAACUUUACCCACCGUUUGCUAACAGUGCUGUAGUCAGCUGUAUUUCCAACCCAUAAAGCAACAGAAUGGUAUAUUUUGCUAUAAGAACGUUGAAUUGUUACAUUCCCAGAAAAGCACUGUUACUGCAAAGGUGAAAAAAUGGAGCUUGAUCAACCUCUUGCACCUGCCUCUACCUGUUCUUAUUAACUCAAUCUUAUUAACUCAAGAAAAUGGUAUUGGCCAUUACCUCAGUUUACUUGAGAAAGAUCUAAAUAGCAAGAAUCUAGCCUGACAUUACCCUGAACUUCAGAAUUACAUAAUGCUACAAGAAACACUCCUAAAUUAAAACUAUACAUCCCUUUGGGUUAUGAAUCUGUUCAUGCCUUACUUUGUUUCGAAAAUUACAAGUAAUCACUAAGCAAUGCAAUACCCUGCGCAAAGUACUGCAAGGCAUAGAAAGAACCCUGACACAGACGUUACAACCUUACCCCAUGUGAUCAUCUUAAGGGUGAGUCUCAAACCACACAUUAGUGAGGAGUAAUUUAUUGCUUUACAUAUAGGUGGAAUGAAACACCUUUUGUUCCAUGUUGACCUUUGGCCUCUGGCAGAAACCACUUUAUCUCAGAUUUAAGGACAGGAGGGACAGAAGUAUGGAACCAAGGAAAGAUAAACUCACCAUUCUCGGACCAAAGUUCAAAAUGAGCAAGAUGUUAAAUCCUGUGAUGUUUUUUGGUAAAGGGAAGGGGUAUCCUCACAGCAGCCUACAUUUAAGCACUCAAAUAGUAAUUAAGCCUUUCUCUGAUACCACAGAACAGAUGGGUACCCCUGUCUCCAACAGUGCAUUUAUAUGCUCUAACCAAGUCCCAGUGCCAUCAAAUAACUACUUUUUGAGCCCUGUCAUUUUCAUUUUAAAAAAAUUUUAAUUUUUUUUUAAAUUUAGAGAAGUCGUUCCUAACACUAAUUUUCCAAUCUUACUCUCCUUAUAGACAAGUUAAAUAAUAAGCCCAGAGGGUCCUCUAAGCAUCUACAUCACCUUUACUGGCAGAUCUUCAUGGCCAAGGCAUCAUGAAGGUAUCCUUAGAUAACCAUGAUAAUAAUGGUCACAAGUGAAAAUGUGACCUACCUUGACCAGGAGACAGUCUCUGAGUCUGGAUACUACACAGGAGAAAAGCACAUACAAAACUAUAAUCUAAACACUAAAUAAACAGCAUGUCUAGCAGGGACAGAGUAAAAGCCUAAUAUUAGGUCUUUUAACCCUUCAGUCCAUAGCCAGCCUUUGGGUAUGGAUUAAUGGAACAUCCAAAAUCCAACUAGUGUAGAUCAGAACAGCCUAGCUGCUUAAAGACCAGUGAAUAUGUGGUAGAAAGAAACUGUUUAAGACAUUUACUAUUGACAUACACCUGUUCUAAUAAAAUUCUAUCACCAACUCAGUCUAAUAUACCUGAAUAAUAAUACCAGAAGUCUUACUUUUGCCUGUAUUUGUGCUUAAAGUUUCAUUAUUGGCUGGGCUUCUCAAACUACAAGGAGGUAGAAUUACUUGCCUUUGAUUCUGUGGGUUCUUUAAACCUGUGUGCAAACUCAACAAUAUUGCGUUAUGUAAUGAUUUUUGUAUAGUUUUUAAGCAUCUGUGGUGUAAUGAUCUUUUGUUAAACAUUUAUUCUGUAAAGUGCCAUAGUCUUUUUAUGUGUAGCAUAUUUAAAAAUAUAUAUAUGUAUAUUAUACAUACACAAGUCUGUGUGAGAGAUGUGCAAUAACAAAGGUGUAUGUAUGUUUUGUUUUUGGAAACUGGACAGGAGUCAGAACGGUUCUGUUUUGGCAAAGGAGAGUUACACAGUUUCGCCUUCACGGCCUAGUCAUUAACCCAUAACAAGUUUAAUGCUACACAAACUGAUGUGAAGAAAAGACUGGUAUAAAAUCAUUUUUUUCCUGGGUCCAAAUGAUCAUUAGAUUUUUGUGAAAGCUUAAGCCAGCAAGUCAGGCCCAGUUAAUGCUAGUCUUUCAUGUAAAAUGUGAAGCUGCCACAUUGCCUUUUCUGUUAGUGUGAUAACUUGUAGCUGGUACAUAAUCACUAAGAAGCUAUUUUUUAACAUGCCUAAUAGACCAUGUUAAUGCUAGACCACUAUAUUUAAGGGCUAAUCUCACAACUUCUUAGCCAUAUGUGUCUGACUUAGACAGACCUCUCUGUGCAAUAACAUGUGGCCAAUGAAAUCCCUGGCCUGCAUUUUGUACUUGGGCAGCAGUGACUCCCAAGAGCUAAAAGAAUUAAAGGCACAACUGGGAUUUCUUCUGAGACUGUGGUGAAACUCCUAUGGUUGGGGGUCAUUAGGUGCUUUGGAGGAACGCAGCACCACUUGAUACUCAACAGCCACUUGAGCCAAACAAAGUUGUAUUUGCCACUGAUGGACUCAACUUGAGCCUUCGAAUUUGUGGUUAUCCUGUUAUGUUGUAAACUAAUACAUUGUUUGUCUAGCAGUUAUUAGGUUCUGUGCAUAUGUAUUUUCACUAUGUGCUCCUCUUUCCUCUCCCUAGAUAUGAAUUAAACCAGAUUUUGCAAACUCA